AUGACAGCUGUAAAUUGUAGAAUAGGAUGUGAGUCAGACAACUUAGGUAGUACAGAUUCGGAGGUGAAGAAGAUCCUGUCGCUGCACAUGCCCAUCAGCGAGUACGAUACCCAGGGCAGCGACUCGGAGGGCCCUGGACCCAGGGACUCCCCCCCGACCUUCGCGGAGUCGGCCGGUCUCGCCCACGCCCACAUCCACGCCCAUCCUGCCCAUAGUAGCAGAUCACGUCCCGAGUCUGCCAUAAGUCAGAUCCGAAGUAGUACAGAUAUUUUCAAGCACCGCGUCAGGAGCAGACAGCAAGAACCCGUCAAGUCGCAGGAGAACAGCAGCUCCUCGACCGACACCUCGAGCUCGGGGCGGCGGGCGCAUCCGCGGCGGGGAAAGAAGUCCACCAAGCGGCAGAGUCGCUCGACCUCGAGGACAGGCUUCGAGGAAACGUCCUUCAGGCCUAUCAAGUGAGCAGGUCGCACCGAGUUUUGGAGGAGGUCGACCCCGUGGGCAUGCGGGCGGGCAGAGCGGGCGAGGUCAGUGACCCCAAGCCUCUUGACUCAACCACAUACCCACUUAUGGUUGUUAUCCACACAAACACACACACUCAAAGACCUCCUCACUGCCCCCUUCCCGUUCUUGGAUCUCGCCUCCUCGUUUUUUUUUCUUAUCUCGUUCUCGCUAGCAUCCUGCGUCUGUCUGUCUCUUUCUCUGCCUGUUUGUCUUUUUGUCUGUCCGCCUUUCUCUCUGUCUGCCUAUCUG